AUGUUUAAAAGUCUACGUAAGAAGAAGACAGAGACGGUCGACACCUCCAAACUGAUCCAGGUCGAUAUUCCAAUUGAGGAACUACCAAAAUCCAUCGCGGUCCCUGCGGUCGCUGAGCUGACUGCCGACCAGAAGGACAAGUACCGCAAGGUCCUAGAACACUUCAGCAAAGCAGACUUGGAAAUCCCAGUGAAAGAAGUCAAGACUGCAGAAUCUGCUCCCUUGACUGAAUUCGAAAAGGCCUGGUUGACAAGAGAAUGUUUCUUAAGAUACUUAAGGGCCACUAAAUGGGUCUUGAAUGACGCAAUCGAUAGAAUCACUUUGUCAUUGGCUUGGAGAAGGGAGUUCGGAAUCAGCAAACUGGGUGAAGAGAACGGUGAUGAGAUCACUUCGGACUCCAUCGCUAUCGAAAAUGAAACUGGUAAACAGGUCAUUCUGGGUUACGAAAAUAACGCCAGACCAAUAUUGUAUUUGAAAGCAGGUAGACAAAAUACGAAGACUUCUCACAGACAGGUGGAGCAUUUGGUGUUUAUGCUGGAGAGAGUCAUCGACUUCAUGCCAGCCGGACAAGACCAAUUGGCGCUAUUGAUCGAUUUCAAAGAGUAUCCAGAUGUCCCUAAGGUUCAAGGUAAUAGUAACAUCCCACCAAUCGGCGUAGGAAAAGAAGUAUUACAUAUUUUGCAAACACAUUAUCCGGAGAGAAUGGGUAAAGCCAUUGUCACAAACAUUCCUUGGAUCGCUUGGACUUUCUUAAAAUUGAUCCAUCCUUUCAUUGAUCCAAUGACUCGUGAAAAAUUGGUCUUCGAUGAACCACCAAAAAACUACGUCCCACAAGAUCAACUAGAUAAACUGAACGGUGGUUACUUGGACUUCACUUAUAAACACGACAAAUAUUGGCCAACUUUAUUGAAAAUGACAAAAGAAAAAAGAGAACAUUAUUUAAAGAGAUUUCAAAAGUUCGGUGGUGUUGUAGGUUUAAGUGAAAAGGACUUAAGAGGCACCACAGAAGAACUCACCAUCCCGGUCAAUUCUGUAUAA